AUGCGGAACCGCUACAUCGCAGCGCUACUUCUGCUCAGCAGCGGUAGCAAUGUCCUUGCGAAGCAGCGCACGACAGACGAAUUUACUUUCAGCUGCGAUCCGUUGACGACUCAACUGUCCGACCCGAUAGUCGCGCCGGGGAAGCCAUCUACGCAUACACAUGUUGUUACUGGGGGGACAGCAUUCCAGCGAACAAUGAAUGAGAGCACAGCGCAGAAUGCAAAGGGGACGACGUGCGAAGUGGAUAUUGAUAGGAGUAAUUACUGGGUUCCGCAGCUUUAUCAUCGCAUGAGGAAUGGGUCAUUUGAGCUCGUGGAGUAUCAGUCCAGUAGUAUUUAUUACUUUGAUCGAGCGUGUAAUUAUACGGCCGGUGCUACGGAUUGUGAUGAGAAGCUGGUUCCAUUAGCACCGCCGAAAGGUCUGCGCAUGCUUGCUGGGGAUCCGAGUCUUCGGAAUUAUAAUGAUUCGAAUUGGUCUCAGCGUGCCAUCAGUCAUAUGUGCAUUGGCAAAGAUGGAAGCUCGAAUGAGACAAAAGGCUUGCCUCAGCAGCCUUGUGAAAUGUUGAGGUCGCAGGUUUUUAUGCCCUCCUGCUGGGAUGGAGAGAACCUGGACAGCUCAGAUCAUAAGAGUCAUAUGGCGUAUCCCGAUACUGGAGACUAUAACAAGGGUGUUUGUCCCAAGUCUCAUCCCGUUGCGAUAUAUUCCAUCUUUCUGGAAUUCUUUUUCAACACAGCACCCCAUCCAGAUUACAAGAACUGGAUAUAUGCGACAGGUGAUAAAACCGGAUACGGCUUGCACGGAGAUUUCAUGUACGGUUGGACAGACCAGGUCGCCUUGCAGCAAGCUAUAGACACCUGUACCGGUCCACAAGGAUUGACCGACCCAGACUGCUCGAUAACGAGGAACCAAACAAGAGACUUGGCCCCGAUGCCGCAGCCAUUGGAUGUUCCUGCACCGAAAGACAACAUCGGUCAACAUGGCCCCGUUAAUAGAUUGCCCGGUCACCGUAACUGGGCGACUAAGCAUAACAAUUCGACAUUGCAUGGGUGAGCUAGGCCUGCAUACGUCGACAUCGAGUUCGUGUAUAUAGCUUUGAUGAGAUGACGUAGUAUCGACAUUAGAUUGCACACAUUUCCGCGACUGUAAACUGCCGAUAUUUGGAUG